AUGUCAGGCGCAAGCAUGAAGCGCAUACAAAUCACACCGGAUGGCUCAGGUCCACCUACAAAACUCAACACUGACGUCCCUGCCUCUUUACCUGACGCCAAAGAGACCAGGAUUCAUCCCCAAAACGCCCCAGACGCUUCAACAAAUGCUUCACUCUUCUUCGUCGGGACUGCCACUACAAUUCUAGAGUGGGAAGGCAUCCGCAUUCUCACAGAUCCCAACUUCCUCCAUGCUGGCGACCAUGUUCAUCUAGGACCAGGUGUCGGUGCAACAAGACAGACCAACCCCGCGAUCGAUUUGGAAGAGCUACCAAGGAUCGACGUGAUUCUGCUUUCGCAUUACCAUGAAGAUCACUUUGACCGAGAAGUAGAGGAGAAACUGUCAAAGGGUCUCCCAAUCAUCACUACGCCACACGCCAAGGAAUGCUUGACAGGCAAAGGCGAAGAAUCAUUCAAGAACGUACAUGCGCUCGACUUCUGGCACAGUUUGCUUCUCGAUGUAUCGCAGUCAGACCAAACAAGUGGUAGCGGUCCAAAGCCCAGCAUCAAAGUCACAGGAAUGCCUGGAAAGCAUGUACCUCCUGGCCCGUUAAAUGUUGCAAAUGAGAUUCUUGGCGCUGUACCGCCUACAAACGGCUGGAUGGUUGAGCUCGGGUACUCCGAUGGUUCCUCUAGCGACGGUAGCGAUUUUGAGAAUGGAUACCGAAUCUAUAUCUCUGGCGACACGCUGAUGGUAGACGAGCUCAAGGAGAUCCCUGAGCGGUACAAGGAUCACAACAUCGACUUGAUGCUAGUCCAUCUGGGAGGCACCACAAUUCCUGGUCCCAAGAUGCCGUUGCUGAUGGUCACAAUGGACGCAGAACAGGGCGUACAGCUGAUGCAGCUUAUCAACCCCGACCUCACAAUCCCGAUCCACUACGACGAUUACGAUGUUUUCCUGAGUCCCUUGGACGACUUCAAGAAGGCUGUACAUGCGGCUGGAUUGGAUAGCAAGGUUGUGUAUCUAGACCGCAAGGAUCAGUACAAGUUCAACGUGAAACAAGGACAGAAGCAGCCGAAGCAAUCGCUGUAUUAG